AUGUGGCAGCCUCAUUUUCAUAUCCACGUCGCAGUUGCAAUAGUAUUUCAGGCAAUUCCCCUCACAGCUAUAUCUAUAAACGCAAGCAGUGAAGAUGUAUCUUCGUCGCCGAUUCCAGCGGAAAGCUAUUUCAGGGAACAUACUUCAUCACAUCUACUUUACGCCCACAUCGUAUUUAUGUUUCUUGGCUGGAUAUGUGCUUUACCUAUUUCCGUAAUGCUCAACAUCGCGAAGUCGAAUCUCAGAUAUCCGUCUCACCUCGCAUUCCUCGGUCUUCACAGCAUCGGCACGAUUUUUGGUUUGGCAUAUAACUCCAGAACUCCGGAUCUAUACCCAGAAACCUCGCACAAUGGUCUUGGUUGGAUCUUAACUGCUCUCAUUUUUGCACAUUUCAUUGUUGGAAUUAUCAAGAAUUCCAUUGGGAGGACAUCGAAUUCUGGGACCAACGAUGAACACGCACCAUUUAUCACCGGAGCGCCUGGAAGGAUAAUUAGUGAAGAGGAGCACAAUAUGGAAACCCCGUAUCAACCAAGCAGAAGUUCGUCAUCCAGAAAUGCCUCUUCUUACCCCAAUUUAUCGGCAUCUUCUAUUGAUACUGACCCCGAGACGCUACUUGAAGCCCACUUACAUUACAAUUCAAAGCUCAAGCACGCAUACGAUGAACCUAUAACAUGGAGUCAAGGAUGGGACAACGUUUCCGGAUCGAAUCUACUUGUACGGAUUCUAGACUUGGGAUUCGAUAUCGUCGACCGAGCACUAAUCAUUCUUGGCUUUGUCGCCAUUUGUACCGGAAUUGUCACAAUGGCUGGGAUAUUUCACGAGAAACAUGUUUUCAAUGGAUUAGCUCAUUUCAUCAAAGGGGGAGUUUUCGUUGGGUUUGGAAUGAUUACACUCGGUCGCUGGAUAGGCUGUUUUGCUGAAUUCGGAUGGGCCUGGAAUCUCAAACAUUCUAAACUGUCAAAGGGGACUGUCUCAAUGUCAAUGGAGACGGUUGAAUGUUUUGUCAUAUUUUUAUACGGGAUUACGAACGUAUUCCUAGAGCAUCUUUCCGCUUGGGGUGAAGCCUGGGUUCCGCAAGAUUUCGAACAUGUUGCUAUCUCUCUUUUGUUCAUCGGUGGUGGAUUAUGCGGGUUAAUGGUUGAGUCAAAGGCACUUCGUCGUUUGGUUAAAGCAUAUCCUGAAGAUCUACCCCAUGAUGGCGAAUUUCCUAAAUAUAUGCAAUCGCAACCAGGGAUCUCGAUAAAUCCGAUUCCAGCGAUGGUAAUCUUCAUCCUGGGAAUGAUCCUCGGCGGACAUCACCAGAUGAGUAUGGAAUCAACUAUGAUGCACAAACAAUUUGGAAACCUCCUCAUAUCCGCAUCAGUAGCACGAUGUUGCAGUUAUCUCCUCAUUCAAAUAUCUCCACCACACUCGAUAUACCCAUCACGUCCGCCAUCAGAGCUCGUCUGCUCGUUUUGCUGCAUUUGCGGAGGAUUCAUGCUUAUGGCUAGUGUAAGAUCAUCCACGCCUUUUGCAAUAUUUCGAGUCAAAAACUCUUCUGACUCAGCGAUGUCACAGAACCGAGAUACCGUGCAAUCUAUGAUUGAUAAUGGUGUCAAUGCGAUGGUCGUUGCGACUGUUACUAUGGGUAUCUCGGCGAUGCUAAUGGCGUGGGUCAUGUUCAUUCUUGUUGUGAAGGGUUGUGCGGAGAAGAGGGAGGAGCGGUGGCGGGACAGAGUCGUCGUUCCGGUUCAAUAA